GAAGGGGGGCCAGUAGAAUCCCUAAACCAAAGUCGUUUUAUUUAAAGUAAAGAAUGUACAAAAGUUUCACCUUAUAGAGUUUCCUAACGAGCAAAAGCCUACGAUAAAGUAACAUAUACAUGUGUCCUAAUUUUCCAUGUAAAUAUAUAUGAAAGAAAUCGCGCGUGUAAUAGGCUCCUAGUUUGCAGAGCUUUCUGCAUCCUACUACUCCAAUUUAAACUGGGAAUUAAUUUACACCAGUUUAUAGAGGAGAAACAAAAAAAUAAAUGAAUUAACAAGAUAUGCAUAGUCAUUCUACAUAUGAAAAGAAAUAUUUAUAAGAAGUAGUCAUACCCUUUAUGUUUAUUCAAGAAAGUCUCUAUUAAAUGUUUCAUUAUAAGUAUAUACAUACGUCAAAUUCAUUCCUGUAUUUAUAAUGAAAAAUUUAUUUGGAAACAUCAAACCUACCAUUUAAUUUAGACAAAUUUCUUUAAUAAACGGGGAGGAUACAUAUAAAUUUUGAACACAUCAUAUAUCCUUCAUAAAUACCAUAAGCAAUGUUUCUCGAAUUGGAGCAAUUGUAUCCAUUUUCAAUUUACUACUUCGUUUGAGCGAUAAGAUACAACUCGAAAGCUUAAGUUUUGUUUCAGAGCCGUGGUUCCCCUACACCUUGACAAUUGUCUUCGUGAAAAGAUAAAAAUAAUAACUUUGAUAAAAUGUUUCCUUAAAAAGAAACUAAAAUUCUAAUUAAAAAGUUGAAAACCACUGAUAAAUGCUAAACUUAAAUAAAUAUUAAAUAGUGUAGAUUAUAAUGUGAAGAAUUAAUGUACCCCUUUUCUCCAAAUUUUUUACAUAAAAGUUAUAGCGGAGUCUUUACCUUGUUCAAAAUUUAUCAGAGAAAUUAAGAAAUGAAGAACUUCGUGUAAGCUUCAAUUAAGAUAUUGCCUACAAAAAAAAACCGCAUUAUGUAGCGAAAAAGCCAGUGACGGUCACUGGUAAUUUUCGCGAUACGAUCGUUUCACGUGGCACGUACGGUGACCGAUACGACUCGAAUCGCGACGCGCAAAAUUCGAAAUUGUUGAAAUGGUAUUAUAGUUAUGACACACGGUGUAUAUACGGUCGGUAGUCCACACAUACUGUCACAGGCGAACGGAUACACGGCCACGUGGGUAUCGGUACACUCGCUCGUGUGCUCGCGCUCGUAGUCGCGCGUGUGCGUGGAUUAUUUUCGCUUAUGCCGCCGCGCACGCAAUCUCAGAAGUGGUUCUCCCGUUGACAGGUUCCGAGCGAGUUUCCGCCGGCCCUCGAGGCACCGAUCGAGAGUGGUUCGGGAUCGACGAUCAGCCACGGUUGGUUCCUGGAUCAUCCGGCCCGGCGGGAUCCGCGAACGAGGCGACAAAGGUGUGUCGCGGUCGGUACCAGUGACGAGCACGAAGGAAUUUCUUAUGCAACGAUCGGCGGACAGGUUGGAUGGACAUCGUCAUCCGUCGGUUUUACGCGUCGCGCCGUUGUACGGCGAACCGUCGCGUCGGCGCGCAGAAAAACACGGGAGAGAAACGUGUCGCGGGUGAAUUAUGAAUGAUUCUCGCGUCGAGAACGUUCGCGCGAUUCCGUGUGGUCAGAAACGUGGGAUCGAGAACGGAACGAUUAAGAAGGAUGCUAUCGGUACCAUCCGAUAAAUCGCGGACAAUCUUUGACGGAAACGAGCAGGCGCGAAACACCUGGCGCGCGGUUUAAUUUCCGCCGACGAACGUCUUGUCGCGCACACGUCGCCGCCGACUGCGGAAAUAUCGGUCAUCGCGAGCGUCACGGAAAAUUGAUAACGAUGACGAAACUGGACGGGAAUAAACGAUAGGAUGCGCGUUUCCACGAGAAAUCGUACGAACGAUGCGUGGCACGAACGUGGCCGUGGAACUUGGAACGUUCGCGUUUGUUUUUCAAACGCCUGGCUCACGUUGCGAUCGAACGAACGCGCUUCGACGAGUACCUGCGUGUUUUUAGCGAAACGUAUCGCGCGUUAAAGGUGCUACGACCCUGCGACCGCUGCUGGUGUGUGUUCGACCUAUAGGAAGUUCCGAGAGCCGUCGCGUUUCUAGGAAACGAGGAAGCGACGAUUUUGUCGCGGGUGCGCGGCAAAUAGGAACAAAGGAACGACGAGUAGCUAAAUGCGUGAGAUCGGAAGGAACGAACUGUAAGUAGAGUCUCUAAGACGCGUGUUCGACUGUUCGAAUCUCAAUCGAGACCAUCGAUCGGUUCACAAGGGAAAAGAGUGCUCGAUUAACGAGAAUCAUGGUAGACGGAGAGACGGAUCCGAGGCGGGUCGAGAUUUUUCAUCUUGAUUCGUUCGUGGAGUUAGCGAGGAAUCUAUAAAUACGAGAGGCAAGAGAAGAGAGACACGACGGGUGGCGGGCGAUAUCGUUGAACGAAAUGCUCAUGACCGAAAAAGGUUCUCUCAGGAAAGGAACCAACGAGGAACUGGACGACGAGCAUUCGACAGCCACCGACAACAACGUUGCGUCGCUGAACAAGCUACUCGUAAACUCGACGGUUCCUGCGGCUGCAGUUGCGGUGAAACUAUACGAGGACUCCGCGGACGAAGCCGGAAGGAACAGCGCCGAGAAACAGAAGCGCGGUAUUCUUAGCAAUUUUCAGAGGAGAACUUUCAGCAGGAUCAGCUUCAAGGGAGAGUCUGGACCUUUAUUGAGCAGAUACCGACAAACUAGGUUCAGCUCUAGAAGGAUACGCAAGAGGGUGGUUUUCAAGCACGGCGAUUGCAAUGUCGUACAAGGAAAUGUCGCCAAGCGACGACGCCGUUACCUUCAGGAUAUUUUCACGACGCUGGUGGACGCUCAAUGGCGCUGGACACUUCUGGUGUUCUCCAUGAAUUUUCUGCUCUCCUGGCUGGGCUUCGCUUUGAUAUGGUGGCUGAUAGCGUACAGCCACGGGGACCUCAAUCCAGAGAACUACACCAAUUCGAACUUUACGUUUACCCCUUGCAUCGUGGACAUUCGCGGCUUCACCAGCUCCUUCCUCUUUUCGAUCGAGACGCAGCACACCAUCGGGUACGGAUCGAAACAUCCGACAGACGAGUGCCCGGAGGCAGUGUUCGUCAUAUGCAUCCAAUCGAUGACGGGGGUGAUUCUGCAGGCUUUCAUGGUCGGUAUAGUGUUCGCGAAACUGUCCCGACCGAAGAAGAGAACGCAGACGCUACUGUUCUCGAGGAACGCUGUGAUUUGCCAGAGGGACGGCCAGCCGUGUUUGAUGUUCCGCGUCGGUGACAUGAGGAAGAGUCACAUCAUCGAGGCUCACGUCAGAGCUCAGAUGAUCAAAAGGAAGGUGACCAGAGAGGGAGAACUCCUUCCGUUUUUCCAGACGGAGCUGAAGGUAGGAGGUGACGGCGAGGAAGACAAGAUAUUCUUUAUUUGGCCAACAACGAUCGUCCACAAGAUCGACGAACACUCGCCUCUUUAUCAUGUAUCGGCCAGCGAUAUGUUGCGGGAACGGUUCGAGAUCGUGGUGAUAUUGGAAGGUGUCAUCGAGUCGACAGGUAUGACCACGCAAGCCAGAAGCUCCUAUCUGCCAGCUGAAAUUUUGUGGGGACACAGAUUCGAGCAUAUAAUCACGUUUAAGAAAGAAACUGGAGAAUACGAAGUGAAUUAUACUCUCUUCAACAACACGUACGAGGUCGACACACCGUUGUGUUCUGCGGCUGAUUUGGAUAAAAUCAGGUCGAUACAACGUGCCAAGGGAGAGCGCAUGAGCACAAGCGGGUUCGCUCAUUAUCGCGAUGCGUCCAGCAGUUCUUUGACCACCGGAUCCGGUUCGAGCUUGGCAUCGUCCACUGGUGGCCUGCACAUGAACGUCCCGAUGACGCCACUGACUCCGAUUCCAGUUAUGAUCACCAGCCCCGACGGUUCUCUGAGACGCGAGAGCAUGCAGAGUGUGCAAACGGAUGCAAAACAGCCGAUAUUUUACACGCAGAACGAGAUGUUGGACAGCGAGCCCCACGCCAUCAGUCAGGUGGAAGAAGACGCGAGAAAUCAAGAAGAUUAUAACCGCGUGCUGGAGGACAUAAACGCGACAUUAAGAAAAAAUCGAGCACACGUCAAGGAGGACAAGAGGAUCCACCGAGAGCCAUCCAAGUCAACGUUAGACUUCAGAAAGAGCGAGAGCAGGACUAAUAUAGACAUACUCAAAAGAUCUAGCUCGAGAACGACGCUGGAUCAAGGUCCUAUUGUUAUCAAUCCUCCACCGAGAUCGGUAUCACGACAGCAUUUAGAAGCCAAGCACACCAAAUUCGCCGAAUCGACGGAACCGUAUCGCGAACCACCGCCUCAUCCACAUCCUCACUCUCAUUCAAUCUCGAGGAGGUCCAGCUUGGGCGACUUCCACAAGUCCAAGGAACCGCACAAGAAGACCAGCUUCAUCCUCGGCGACGACGAUCACGUGAUUACGAUUUCGAAGGUACCCGCGUCACAACACGAUUCCGAACCGUUGGAGGCUGACUCGUCGAAGCCGAAUCAUCAUCCUCUGAGCAGAGAUUCCCAGGAGAAAGUGUAGAUUGGGCUUCUAAAUUGUUCUAACUGGGACACAAAGACGUCAUGCGGAGUAGCUUUCAUGCGCGCCUGGUGGCUUGCGUUCGCCUAACCGAGCCGCAUCCGUUCCGGUUCUUCCGAUCCUCGUUGUUCCUCCGCGUUUCUUUCGUCUGUUUUGUCGCUUGUUUGCGCGAACUCUGAUCGUAAACGCGGAGAACCCUGUUCGGGAGAGCGAGUCGAGGCGAACUAGACUCACCGGUGGCUGGAAUCUAAAGAAUCGCAAGUAUUCUGAUUCACUCGCGAUCCCGAUCAACGUUCCGCUAUUUCGAUGCAUUGCUGACUGCAUCGCGUACGGGGUAUAAAUAGAACAGAUUGCGCUCAAGUUAGAAUGCGUUUUUCAGCAACGGCUCUCUAUAAAUCUGCUGCAUCGACGCGACGUGCUCUUUCUCAGAAACAUAACGUCAAAUCAACUUGGAUCGUAUUCGAGGCUUUCUCCACCUGAUCUUUUAGGAUACCAUGCGAACAACUGACACUGACGCUGACCUUCCUCUAGCUCGGGUACCUCGGGGUUGCUGAGCCCGUACUGUAGCUACAAAUACCGCUACAGCCCCUGAGAGCACAUACUGUUAUCGCGCAACUUCUCUACGUUCUGUUUCAGAUUCUAAUGAGUUAUAUCUCAGUAACGGCGCGGUCAAUAAUUGUUAUUUUCUUUUUUGAAUGGUUUGUCUCUUUGAGGAAAAAUAAAAUUCAAGCUACACAGAAGAACAGUGUCAACAACUUGCUAACGCGUUUUGACUUGUACACAUUUCUGAUUCCUCUUAUUGUACUUUUAGGGUUGGUUCAUAGGAUUGCCACAAGAAUGAAAAACUUUAAAUAAAAUAGUAAAGCUAAGCAAAAAGUGGGAUUAGUUUUUAACCCACUUAACUUCAAAAAGUUACAAUAUCGAUUUUUAUAACAUAUCAAAUUUUCAACGAGUUGCUAAAUCGCAUUUUGCUUUGAAAAAUUCACCUGAAAAUCUGUAUGUAUUAUAAGGGUCUGUGUUACAAUUAUAAAAUUGUGAUAUCGUUUUUCAUCAAAUUGGGAUGGUCAAAUUAAAUCCUAAUAGGUUCGUAUAAUUCAUAUUUAACGAAAGAACCUUCAUUAAAAUCCUGCAUUAAAUAAAUCCACGGAAGAACUACCUUAAGCCAUAUUCGUAACAAUUUCUAUCGGUAACAAGCGAACCGUGCCAUGAGUUAGGUGAUUGGUAGCCGAUGAAUCGCGAAACGAGCAUGGGUAAAGUGAUCCCUACGCGACGCAGGCCAAUACGAGCAUGUCAUUUGACCCCUGAAGAAGUUAACCGGACUGCUGACGAAACGUCCGAGUAUCUUAUCCAAAGAACACAGCUUGCACCCGGAAGACUCAGUUAGUAUCGAGUUAACUUGAAAUUAAACGGAGCCCGAGUCGAAUCAGGCACGAGUUGUCGGGCCCGUGCUACGAUUUAAGCCAAUAAAAAGCGCCACGCUGAGAUAAGUUUCCUCGUAUUUAAUUUUAUGUUAAUCGGGUGAUUAUAUACAUAACGUAAAGGAAGGAUAGCUGUUUGGAGAGAUACAAUUUGAAAUAUCGGUGUGAUUUCUUAGUGGUAACAGUGACAAGAGUUUC